UUGGUCACUUCUUUGCUGGACUUCUAUCCAAACAUGGUUAGGUGACUUCUACGGCCACUGCUUUGACAGGGUUUCACAGUAUGGCUGGCCAGUCUACAGGAGGUCGUCGUGGCGAUCCCGAUGGUCGUCUGCUUGGCCUGCGGGGGCCCCGGCCCUCCAUUCCGCUGCAGUGGAUGCAGAGUUGCAUGCUUCUGCAGCAAGGACUGCCAGCGCAGCGCAGCAGUGGCACAUCGCCCCUUCUGCCGGUGGCCAGAGAUCCCGGAGGCCGAGGGCUGGACCUCUGACGAUCUGACUGAGAUCUGGCUGCAACGGCUCGGACUGGGCGAGGAUGGCCGUGUGCUUGGACAGCGACCCUUGCAAGAAGACGAGGCCUGGGACCUCAUCACCUCGCAGCAACGCUUGGCGCCGCGCUUCUUCGGGCGGAACCGCUUCGAUGGCUUGCUCUCUGUGCUGCGGGCAUGGACCUCCCAAAGCAGAUGGCCUUUGGUCAUGAGCGCCAGGUCGCAAGCGCAUUUGACGGAGCUCCCAACCUUGGAACUCUGCGCCUGCCUCGUUUGGCGUGUCUUGAGCUGUGCCAAGCAGUUGCGACAGCAGGGUCACAAGCGGCUGAUCUUCCUGAGUAUUGGAGCAGGCGACGCUCUGGUUGAAGCCUGUGUGGCAUUACAUUUGGCCGCAGCAUUGGGCGUGCCAGUGUCCCUGGAGGAAGAGCCGCGAUUGAAGUACGGGGACUUUGAGAUUUCCGUUGUUGCCACGGACAGCGACCAGGAUGAGGUCUUGCGGCAGAACCGGGUGGCGGAGGCGCCGCGGGAGCUGCCCGUGCGUCGCCUGGACCGCCGCCGGGCGGUGCGGAGUGCGAGCGACCUGGGACCGGUCUACGUCUUUAGCUCUUGGAUGCCCAUGCACGCCUGCUGGUGUUCCGAUGUGCUCGAAGAUGCUGGAACACAACUGGUGGAGAUGUGCUUUCUCUCGGCGCCCCCGGAACUCAUCCAAGUCCCACGCCAGGAAGUCCUUCGACGGGCCACGGGUCACACCAGAGCCACCCAGGAGGUCUUUCCCAAGACCCUUUGUCGCUGGGACUUUCUAGCUCAAGGAUUUGAGGAAGGAGCUGGGCUCUUCCAUAGCCAACUCUACGUGACCUCGGCCAAGACCAUCGCCGCGUUCUCGCCGCUGCCGCGGCUGGGCCAUGGCAUGGGCUGCUACAAGCGCCGCAUGGACGCCUCGGAGGAGUUGACGGCGGUGAAUGUUUGCCGGGGCGUGGGGCUCUUCCACGUUCACGGGGUCGAGGAUCUCAGCGCUCCAGUGCCUCCGCCACACCUGGCGAGUCUCAAGACAGCCGCGGCGGAGCCGGGCGUGAAGGAGCGCUUUGCGGAGUGUGUGAAGUUCUUGCGAGGCGUCGCGCGGAGACAGAUCCUGGAAGCGCUUGGGAUGUGACGCGCAGGACAGUGUGCUGUCGGACGGAUUCAGUAUGUACGACCUGGAGAAGGAUACGAGGGCCCGUGGUGAGGCGAGCUUUAGCACCGUGUCGGUUUGUCGCCAUUCGAGC